AUUCAUUAUCAAGAGCAACCGAAUUGAAUUGAACAACGUGAAGAAGAAGAAAACAAGAAAAGAAAAAAAAUUUUCUCUCUCAUCAUCAUUUGUGGCCGUUAUAUCCAGUUAAUCUUUGUUAUUGGUAUCAUCAUCAUUGUUUCAGUUCAGUUCAUCAUCAUCAUCAGACAUAUAUCAGUGUGCAAUCAUCCAAAUUUUUGUUUCCAUUAUCGUCACAACCUACAUAGUAGACGGGAUCGAAUGUGUGAAAUUUUUUUUUCGAAAUCAUUUUUCUAGCCAUUUCGAACAAAGAAUAAGCCACGUUUCAAUGAUAAUUUAGAGAUUCGUUGUUUUGUUUUGUUUUUCUUUCUGGUUUUCAUUUGUCAAAUUCAUCGAUAAUUUCGUUUUUCAAUUAAAAAAAAAUGACAACAAAAACUCAAUCAUCAUCAUCACCAUCGACAACAUCAUCGCCACAAUCCAAACAAUCAUUACAUCAUGUAAAUUUCAAAACAGAUGAUAAUAAUAAAAUGAAUGAAAGAAAAAAACGUUAUCUAACAGCCAAAUAUGGACAACAUCAAAUGAAUUUGAUAAAAAAACGUUUAAAAGUUGAAACAUGGAUGUAUGAACAGUUACAAUUUUUAUUUGAUUCUGAUGAUAACCUAAACAAUAUCGAUAUCGAUCUUGAUGAAGUUUUAGAUUUGGAAGGUAAAAUACGUAAACAAUGGUUAAGAGAAAAAUUAAUCGAUGCAAAAAAAUCCAAAGAAUUGGUCGAAAAAUUUAUUGUGGAAUUAUUGGAAAAGGCUAAUACGUUAUAACAAACAAACAAUCAACAAAAUGAAUGAUGUCUUUUUUAGGUGUAAAUAGUGUGUGUAUCUUUCAAAAUUUCUUCAUUUCCGUGUAUGCAUUUAUUACAUGUAAAAAAAAAAAAUUUGUUGCCCAGCAUUUUUUUUUGUUUUGUUUUGUUUUUUUUUCUGGUCAAGAAAUGAAAAUCUGAUAUGGCCAAAAAUAACCCAUAAUAUUGCCAUUGAGUCACAGAGUUAUAUGUACAUGAAACAGAAAAAACAAACGAU